UGUAUGAGAAGGACGGAUACCACCCAAGGGGCUUCUGUUGUCAGCUCACAAUUAAUGGCUUCUGCCACCAUCUUUUUCACCAUAUGCCUGUUCGUAAAAGCACAAGGUAUGAUCAGCAGAGAUAGCUUCCCGCCAGGAUUUGUUUUUGGCACGGCAUCCUCAGCUUAUCAGUUUGAAGGGGCAGUGACUGAAGAGAACAAGGGAUUGAGCAUCUGGGACACUUUCACCAGGAAGCCAGGAAGAAUUCUUGAUUUUAGCAACGGAGACGUGGCUGUUGACCAGUAUCACCGGUUCAAGUUGAUUUUUCUAUUCCACAAUGUGAGGAAAAUUGAAAAUUAUGCUUGAAGCAGAGCGAUAUAGACUUGAUGGAUGACAUGGGAAUGGACGCCUACCGGCUCUCCAUCUCUUGGCCAAGAAUCUUUCCAAAUGGGAGUGGAGAACCAAAUCGAGAAGGAACAGAACACUAUCACAAAUUGAUAGAUGCUCUCCUAGAAAAAAACAUCCAACCAUAUGUCACCCUCUAUCACUGGGACCUUCCACAAGCACUUCAGGAUCGAUAUGGAGGCUGGUUGAAUGAGAAAAUAGUAACGGAAUUCAGGAACUAUGCUUACACCUGCUUUCAAGAAUUUGGCAACAAAGUAAAGCACUGGAUCACCUUCAAUGAGCCUCAUGGAUUUUCCAUAUCGGGUUAUGAUACAGGGAUUCAGGCACCAGGAAGGUGUUCAAUCCUGGGGCAUCUUUUCUGCAAGAAUGGAGAAUCAUCAACUGAGCCAUACAUGGUUGCCCAUAACAUACUUUUGUCUCAUGCUGCUGCAUUUCAUACAUACCAGCAGCAUUUCAAGGAAAGUCAAGGGGGGUAUAUUGGAAUUGCCCUGGAUGCUAAAUGGUACGAACCAAUAACUGAUGUGAAAGAAGACAGGGAUGCUGCACAAAGAGCUAUGGACUUUGGACUAGGAUGGUUUCUUGACCCUCUUAUGUUUGGAAGCUACCCCACAUCAAUGCAGCAACUUGUAGGCAACAGGCUGCCUAAUUUUUCGUUAGAUAUGUCUGAAUCAUUGGCCGGUUCAUUUGAUUUUGUGGGAAUAAAUCACUAUACAAGUCUAUAUGCAAGAAACGAUCGAACCAGAAUACGCAAGCUAGUACUGCGUGAUGCUUACUCUGAUUCUGCAGUCAUUACAACCUCCUCUCGUGGUGGAGCACAAAUUGGAGAAAGAGCUGCUUCCAACUGGCUAUACAUCGUCCCUUGGGGCAUUCGGAAAUUAGCCAUCUACAUUAAGGAAAAGUACGGAAAUCCACCAGUAAUUAUAACAGAAAAUGGUAUGGAUGACCCAAACAGCCCUUUCGUUGGAUUGGAUAAGGCAUUGAAAGAUGAUAAGAGGAUCCGAUAUCAUAAAGACUAUCUCUCAAAUCUUUCAGCAGCUAUAAGGUUAGAUGGUUGCAACAUAAGUGGAUACUUCGUGUGGUCUCUACUAGACAACUGGGAAUGGAACUCCGGCUACAUGGUGAGGUUCGGCCUCUACUUUGUGGACUACAAGAAUAAUCUGACAAGAAUUCCCAAAGCAUCAGCUGGAUGGUUCAAAAAUCUUCUCAAAGGAAAUUAUUCUGAUUUGUAAGUCAUUGCUUGUCAACAUCGAAGUCAAUGCAAUGCGGUAUAGAUAGUUUCUACAUGGAAUCCAUUCAAAAUACAUACUAACAAAAGAAAAGGUGCAAGCAGCACAUAUCAAUCAUGUACUCUUCAGUGCUAUUAUUUAAUUAAUAAGUCCCAUCAAAUUAGCGCUUC